UUCAUCCCGCCCUCUACGCGGAAGCAAACAAGUGACACCGGCAAAGUAAUCUUGGGGGGCAAAUUUGCAUCCCUCCAAACCAAGGAAACAGAAGUGAACGGCGUCAAGUCUUCUCCAGAAAGAGAAUUGACUUUAAACAAGGAAAAACAAGUUCCAGAAAAAUCAUUAGAAAAGAAAGUAGCACAACCUGUUAAAGAGAAAUCUUUAGGAAGGGAAGUAACUAAUAAUCCGAGAGAAGGUUCACCAGAGAGUCAAUUAAGUCUCGCUCAGCAGGAAGUUGCGGACCUUAAACAAGUAAUUCUACAGGAAAUACAAAGUAGCGAUUCCGACGAGAUGUCUCAGCAAGCGUUGUUAUCAGCAGUGGAUCGUCUAGAGGCUGUCGCUGUCAGGUUAGAAGGUCUGGCAGUCAACACUGGUAGCUCUGGAUCUCCUAGUGCAAGUUCAGAUGUUGUAGCACCAUAUGUAGCCGCCUUUGAUGGGCUGGUGAAGGGAUCAGUAGGACAGUUUAUAGACUUAUCCAAUAAAAUCGGUGGAGAUGUUGCUAAAAUGGGAGAAAUUGUAUCCAAGGCCUUCCAGGAACAGAGGCAACUUCUAGUGGUAGCUUCUAAGAGCAAGAAACCAGCUGAUGGAGAUUUGGCCAAGUUGUUACAGCCAUUAUCAGACUGUAUCAGUGCUGCAGUGAACUUUAGAGAAGGAAACCGUGGAAGUCAGUUUUUCAACCAUUUGUCAGUCCUGAGCGAAUCCUUGUCAGCUCUUGGAUGGGUUUCCGUGGCACCAACACCAGGACCAUUUGUCAAAGAUAUGGCUGAUGCCGGCAUGUUUUACUCCAAUCGUGUUCUUAAAGAUUACAAGGGGAAAGAUGAGAACCAUGUUAACUGGGUAAAGGCAUGGUCAUCCACUCUGUCAACACUUCAGAGUUACAUCAAAGAAAACCAUACCACAGGCUUGUCAUGGAAUCCACAGGGCGGUAAUGCCUUAUCUGUUACCAAAUCAGGACCAGCUUCUGGAGGAGCACCACCACCACCAGGUGGUGCUCCACUCCCACCACCUCCACCACCCCCACCAGCUCCCACUCCUGAGGCAGGUGAUAAUAAUGGAGGAGAUGACAGCAGGGCACAGCUGUUUGAAAGUCUUCAGAAAGGAACUGAUAUUACUAAAGGAUUGAAGAAAGUAACAGAUGAUAUGAAAACACAUAAGAAUCCCAAACUUCGUGAAGGCCCAGCCCCAUACAAGGCCACACAACAGGGUCCAAAGCCUUACUCUAAACCUACAGCACCAGCUACAGCAGUCAAGCCAGUAGCCAAGCCUGUAGCAGCUGAUAAACCACCAGUGUUUGAAUUACAGAAUAAAAAAUGGGCCGUUGAAUACCAAAAAGGCAACAAAAACAUUGUUAUAGAUAAUACAGAGUUAAAACAGACAGUUUACGCCUUUAAAUGUACUGAUAGUACAAUCAUAGUCAAAGGAAAGGUCAACUCUAUUAUCUUAGAUAGCUGUAAAAAAGUAGGAAUAGCGUUUGAUGAUGUUUUAGCCUCAUUAGAAUUUGUCAACUGUCAGAGUGUUAAAGGACAGGUUCAAGGAACUAUGCCAACAGUCUCUAUAGAUAAAACUGAUGGAUGUAUGAUUUACUUAAGUAAAGAUUCACUCAACUGUGAAAUUAUAACAUCAAAAUCCUCUGAAAUGAAUAUACUAGUUCCUAAAGAUGAUGGAGACUUUACAGAAUUUCCAUUACCAGAACAGUUCAAGACGAUCUAUAACGGCAAGAAGUUUGUUACUAAUUGUACAGACAGCAUUUGAUGAGGAAGUGCCACAAAGGGAGAUAACUCAUAUCAGGCCAUUCCAAUCACUUUAUUUUCUGACAUCAGAGCUACGAUAUAAUUUCUGCUCAAUAAAAGUAUUAUUAUUUUUACUUUGUACAUUUAUAAAAAAAAAAGAAGACAAAAAUGUUUCAUAACACACACUUGAUAUUUUUGUGAUGUAACUUUCUGUCUCGUCUAUGCAACAAAAAGAUUAAGAUUAAAUAAUGAAUUAUUAAUAUAAAAUAUUUAAAAUAGAUUGAUUAAAUUGAUAUUGAAUAUUAUAGAUAUGUAUGGUGUUAUAUUCUGCCAAAAAAUAUAUAGAGGGUACAAUAAACUUGCACUUUACUUUUUAUUCAGUUAAGAAAAAAUUGGGAACAAUAAUCUGUUUGUCACACAUGUCACAUUACAUCAGUAAAAAUAGUCCUUUGCCAAUUUGAAGACUCUUUCAAUCUGGCAUAGAUCAUAGUUUUGGUUGAGCACAAUACAAACUUAUUUGCUUGCUAAUACUUUGAUUAAGUUUAUUAGAAUUACUUACAUUUAUUCAUCUUGGGCUUAAUCUUAAUUUAUGAUAUUAAUCAUAUUAUUAUUAACUUAUCUCAUUUGUAUAAUUUUAUUAUCUUCAUGAUUGUUUUAUGUGACAUUUUUCGUUGAGUGACAUUAGUUUCUGUAUAGUAACGUGAAGCGUUUGAUGGUGCUAGUAUCUUGUUAUAAAUAUAAACUGUGUGACCAGUAGGAUAACAAUUCAUAUUGCCAUUUUAUUUACUUAAGGAAAUAAUUUUAUACCUAAAAUAUUUAAUUACUUAAGUUAUAAAAUGCAAAAGAAUAUUCAUUUUCUUCUGUGGACAAUUUUUUUAAAUGCCAAUGAUAUUUUGGUCAAUUGUAGAAUGAGAUAAAAAUUCAUCAUAAUGUCUUCCACUAUUCAAAAAGAACUUAUUCAUCAUAGUCUCUCUCUAUCACUGCUCAUCAAAUUUUGUUCAGCAUUUCCUAAUUGUUACUCGAUUCAGAUAAUUGUUGAGUCACAAUAAAAAUUUUGAAAUUAUUUUUAAAGUCUUCUUUAUUUAGAAAAAAGCUAAUGUCAAACAAAGAAAUUCAUUGCUUGAUCUCUAUUAAUAGCUUACAUAUUUGACAAAAUAGCCAAAGGAGCAAGUCAUAUUAUAACACUUUUAUUACAAUGUAUAUUUCACCUGAAGAUAAUUUUAUAUGAUUCAGUAGACUGUGCAAUAUAAAAGUGCUAUCUGAAUAAAAAUUAUAAAUGUA